AUGCAACAACAGCAUAUUAAAAAACCUAGAGGAAGAAGAUUUUCUAUUGAGGAAAAAAUUUUGGCCUUAUCUCUUUAUAAGCAAAGUCCAAAAGCAUAUAAUUUUAUGCAGAGAAUUUUUGUUCUACCAUCAAAAAGAAGCUUGCAACAAGUUUUAAAUUUAAUUCCUGUCGAACCAGGGAUGAAUAACGUCAUUCUAGAAAACUUAAAAAGAAGGGUAAAGAAAUUACCGGAAGAGAAAAAAUUGUGCACAUUAAUAUUUGAUGAAGUUGCACUAACCCCAGGAAUGCAGUAUUCAAAUAUCUGGGAUCAAAUUAUGGGGUUAGAGUACCCCGAAAGUGGUAAACAUAUAAAAAUAGCAGACCAUGCUUUGGUCUUUAUGAUUAAAGGUAUAAAAGCUAAAUUUAAGCAACCUUUAUGCUUUACAUUUUGUCAAGGUGCAACAAAAAAAGAAAUAUUAAAAACCUUAAUUACGGAUGUAAUUAAAAAAAUCCAUUCAUGUGGAUUAAAGGUAGUUGCAACCAUUUGCGACCAGGGAGGACCAAAUAUGAGUGCAAUUAAUAGUUUGUACAUUGAAACUAAGGAAAAAUAUAUGCGACAAAACAAAGAAUACCAAAGCUUAGCUUUUGAGGUUGAUGACAUAAAAGUUUUCCCAAUUUUUGAUUCCCCUCAUUUGAUCAAGGGUAUAAGAAAUAAUUUUCUAGAAAAAAAUGUCAGGUUUAUUCAAGGUGGUAAAGUGAAAAUUGCCAAAUGGGAACAUUUAAAAAUGUUAUUAGAUGUGGAUGUUGGUGAGGAUGACAUAAGAAUGUUAAAUAAAUUAACUGAGCACCACGUAAUAAAAGAAAAGAUUCCAAAAAUGAAAGUAAAAAAUGCAGCUCAAGUUUUCAGUCAAAGAGUGUCAGCGACUUUACGGUUUUUAGCAAAGCAUAAUAUACUUCCAAAAGAGUGUGAAGAUACAGCUGAGUUUUUAUUCAUCUUUGACAAAUUAUUUGAUGCCUUUUAUGGGCAUAGCUAUCAAGAGUCAUCAAAACUUUAUAAAAGCUGCUUAAAAGUUAACUCCAUCCACCAUAAAUUAUGGGAUGAUUGUUUACCCAUAUUAAGGUCAAUGCAAUUUGAAACCAUGGGAAGAGGAGAUGGAACGAAAAUAACAAAAUUUGUUCAGGUACCAUCCAUUAAAAACUGGAUAAAGAACAUAUUAGUUUUUAAAGAAAUGAUAAAUUAUACAAAAAAUAAGUAUAAUGUAACAAGCCUCCUGACUAGAAAUUUUAAUCAGGAUCCGCUUGAAAACUUUUUUUCUUCCAUUAGAAUUGGUGCCAAUUGUGAAAAAGACAGUAAUAAGGCUUUACAGUGUCUGAAGCAUUUGCUUAGAAAGGGAAAUAAAGUUGUUGGGAGUCAAACAACCGUAAAAGAAAACCAUUGUAUUGAUCCUUUAUUAGAAAUACUGAGCAAAGAUGACAAUAAAAAUGACACAUUUUUAAAUGAAGAAUCUAAGCGGCACCCUAUGUGA